AUGCAGUGUAUUUAGGACAGUGAGUUUAGAAGGUGUAGAUUUGUUUCCACCUCUCCCAGGUGACAGUGAGAGCACAGCUGCUGGUCUCUAUGCAACCAGGUCUGUCUGCAGUCUCUCUCUCUCUCUCUCUCUCUCUCUCUCUCUCUCUCACACACACACACACACACACACACACACACACACGCUGGAAUUCGAUAGCAGUGCAGAGCUCGACGCUAUGGCAAGAACCAAGCAGUCCGUCCGUGAGUCCACCGGUGGCAAGGCACCAAGGAAGCAGCUCGCCACUAAGGCUGCCCGCAAGAGCGCGCCGGCUACCGGCGGCGUGAAGAAGCCUCAUCGUUACAGGCCUGGCACCGUGGCUCUGAGGGAGAUCCGCCGUUAUCAGAAGUCUACUGAGCUGUUCAUCCGCAAGCUGCCCUUCCAGCGCCUGGUGAGAGAAAUCGCUCAGGACUUCAAGCCCGACUUGCGUUUCCAGAGCUCGGCCGUCAUGGCCCUGCUGGAGGCGAGCGAGGCAUAUCUGGGGUGUCAGUUCGAGGACACCAACCUGUGCGCUAUCCACGCCAAGAGAGUGACCAUCAUGCCCAAGGAUAUUCAGCUGGCCCGCCGUAUUCGCGGAGAACGCGCUUAAACCACAACUCCGUCUAAUAUACGCACAGUCCAGCUCACUGUCUCAGAAAAAUGAGCAAGUCUUCAUUCUUUGGCUGUUUAAAUAUUUAUAAUGUGGUAAAGGGAAAGGAAAUGUAUAAAUAGUAUAUGUGUAGAUAUGGAUGAUUUAUAUUUCCAUAAACAUUAUACAUAGGUUUCUAAAUGUAUGUUAUGUAUAUUGUAUAAUGUGUGUAUCUGUGUAUCCAUAUUCACUUGCCUUUCUUUUCUGUUUAGAAAUUAUAAGAGUUAUUUACCAUUUCCAUGUCAAGUACUGAAUAUAUCUUAUUUAAAAAUGGGAUACUACUACUAUUAUUACUACUACUUUAUUUUUAUAAUAAUAAUAAUAAUAAUAAUAAUAAUAAUAAUAAUAAUAAAAGUUAAUAAAAGUGCUUAGCAUGUUCUCCUCAAGCCUACAGGACUGUUGGUUUGAUUCUCGCCUGCAUGUUCUCCGCAUGCUUUGUUUCCUCCACGUGCUCUGGGUUUCUCUCCAGUCCAAAGGCAUGUGUUGUGGGCAGGUUGGCAUCUCUAUAUUAUCCAAAGUGUGAGAUUGUGCCCUGCAAUGGGUUGGCACCAUGUCCAGGGUGUCCCCUGCCUCAUGCCUGAAUCCCAUGGGAUAGGCUCCAGGCUCCCCGUGACCUGUGUAGGAUAAGCAGUACAGAGAAUAGAUGGAUGGAAGGAUGGAUAUAUGGAUAUUGACUGCCUUCAUGUGGCCCAAUUUAGGAAGUGCAUGUUCCCCAAGACAUAACUGUUUAGAGCAGCGGUUCUCUACCUUUUUUAAAAAAAAUUUGUGCACCCUACACAAACACCAAUGCUAGACAGUGUUAAAUCUGGUUUAUACUCGACAUGUCCGGAAAAAAUUAUGUCAUUGCGGAGUGUGCGGUCGAGCAUGUUGAGUGCGCAAGGCCUCAUUUCUCGUGGCGAUCUGCAUGGCACCGGAUCCGGAAAUGAAUGACUUGGAGGCGACUCUUGCCGGAAGGUACGAUUGUACAGGUAUCUCUAUGAUCCAUCCAUGCGGGACCUUAGAGAGAGCCAGAUGACACAAAAUUCAUGGAAAGGUUUUCAAAAUAGUGAUUUGCAUUUGCUUUGUACGUACUGCUGAGAUGAUAAAGCCAAAGCUGACAGUCACUACACUACACCAUCAGACACAGUGAUUACACCUCAUUCUGCUGUCUUUAUACACAGACCUUUACACUCAUGGUGAACAUCCAGAGUGAUCAUUCUGUAAUAUCUUUCAUUUAUCUCUAUACAUAAAGAGACAUUUACACUGAUGGUGAACAUACAGAGUGAUCAUUCUGUAAUAUCUUUCUUUUGUCUCUUGUUAUAGGAGACCUGGAUCUCCAGAAUUUGUAGUCUCAGCCCUGCCGUUAUUUAUUUCUAAAUGUAAAUACAAGCUGAUAUAAUAUGCUAAGUUCAUAUAUUAUAAUUGCCUUGAAAUAUGUUUUAUGAUUAAACUAUGUAAAGAACCUCAACCUUGACAGCCCAGGGAAAUACAAUCGCAUCAGGAGAAAGAGAGGUCCAAGAAGAAAAAGGGAACAAGCCUGCCCCAAGGUAUCCAGAGAUAUGGAGAAAAACGGAUUGGAAAAUCUUCCGCUAAGAAGGCUGGUCCUGACGUUCUUUAACCGGACAUGCGAGGUUUACAACUCGACACGCUGGAUGUGAAGAGAACUGAGGAACUAAUAUUGGAAAGUAAUUGUUUAAUGAAGAAAUGUGAUAGUAUAAGGAGUGUCUUGAAUAAAAAAGGGGGCUGAAGCUACAAUGUUAAAAGACCGAGCUAAAUUUAAACGUGCAGAGAGCAUUACGCAGCUAAAUCAGAGAUAUGGACAAAAAUGCACUGAGAAAAUGAAACAAGAAGCACAUGUCUGUCUUGAGAGGCCUAGACCAUCUAUUUUUACCACACAGGUGGACACAUUGGAAAGAUUGAUCAAAAGCAUUGAUAUAAAAUUGAAGCAUGUCAGUGAACCAUAAAAGAACAUUUAACAGUUUGAGAACUGUUUCUCAAACCACACAGCUUCCUGUUUUUCUCUUAAGAAAACAAGUUAUCAUUCUUUACCGAUAUGUUGAUCUUUAUGCUGUACGGUUUUGUGAGAAAUACCUGCUAUAUUCUUGUUUUUCUCUUAAGAAAGCGCCAUACACUUUUCUGUGAAUUCUAUUUUAUCUCUAAGAAAGCAAGUUAACACUCUGUUGACCUUUAUGCUUUCUGCUGACAACGCUGCUACAUUCUAUUUCAUUUCUAAGAAACCGAGCUAGUGCAUCAAACCUCAUCUUGUUUUUUUCGCUUAAGAAAGCGAGCUAGAGUUGUACACUUUUCUUAGAAAUAACUGCUACACUUUUGUUUUUCUCUUAAAAAAGCGAGCUAGCGCUGAACACUUUUCUGACAAAAGACUGUUUUUUUCUGACAAAAGACUAUAUUCUAAGUUUUUCUCUUCAGAAAGUGAGCUGGCGCACCAAGACUGCAUGAUAUUUUGAGCAUCAUGCUUAAACCCUAGCACCUGAAACCACAAUAAAUAAAGGUAUAAAUACUUGGAAUAAGCCAGCAUUAAUUUGCCACUCCUCGGGUGAAGGUCUUGUCAUUUUAAUUUCUUGAAAAAGGAAACCACUAUUCAGAUCCUGCGUGGUCUAAGGAUUUUCUUUAUUUUAUUUUUCUCUAUAUUUUGAGUUAAAAGUAAUUGUAAUCCUUUUGUUUUUUACUUUAAUAAACCGAAGUCUAUAUAAAGGAUGAUUCGUAUAUUUCAC